CCUCGACUGUCAUAACAAAGUGUCAUAUCGUGUAGCACAUGUGUUUACAACAUUUCACGUUUGCCUCGUUAGAACAAAUUUAAGAAAAGCUCCGGUAGUUCUGUAUAUUAUCAGCACAUGUAAAUCUACUGUUUUCAAUCACACAUCUUGCACAUCAAAAUGCCCAGAUCCAAAAGAGAUAAAAAAGUGUCACUGACCAAAACGGAACGGAGGAGCCUGUCGGACAAGCAGCAAAUCAUCGAGGACAUACAGGAAAGUCGACGGAAGUAUGACAGCAUAUAUCUCUUCUCGGUGCAGAACAUGAGAAACAGCAAAUUAAAGGACGUUCGAACGGCCUGGAAGAAUUCGCGCUUUUUCUUCGGCAAGAACCGAGUCAUGCAGCUGGGGUUAAAUUUCGUUGGUGAAGAUGACGAGGACGAUGCAAAGUUGGGAAAGGAUCUGGAGAAGCUGCGGGAACAGAUGGUGGGUCAGUGCGGACUGCUGUUCACCUCGGAUAGUAAGGAAACAGUUCUGGAUUGGUUCGAUUCGUACUCGGCGGACGAAUUCGCGCGAAGUGGUUUUAAGGCAACUAAGACCGUCAAGUUGGCGGCCGGUCCGCUGGAAGAAUUCUCCCACGCAAUUGAACCACAUCUUCGAUCGCUAGGAAUGCCAACGAAGCUGGAGCGUGGUAUCGUAACGCUGUACAAAGAUUUUACAGUUUGCGAGAAGAAUAAAUUGUUAACACCAGAGCAGGCUCGGAUUCUAAAGUUGCUGGGGAAGCCAAUGGCCAAGUUUAAGGUUAUAGUUAACUGUUGCUAUACGAAGGAAAAUGGUUUCGAGGAGAUAAAGAAGCGCGAUAUCACAGUAACGAAAAAGGUGAAGAAAGUACUAGACAAAAAGAAGCCCAAGAAGAAGGUUGAUGAGGAUGCUAUGAGUGAAGAUGAGGAAGAGGAGGACGAGGAUGCAAGUGAUGAUGGAGAUGAGGAUGAUGAGGAGAUGGAACUUGAUGAAGAGGGAAGCGAUGAAGAUGAAGCAUAAUUUUUAAGUCUAGCGUUAAGUUGAUUCUAAGAUAAAGUUAUCUUAAACAAAAUAA